UUUUUUACAGGUCAUUAAACUAAACAUAUUUAACACAGGUGAUAAAGUGGGUGACAGAUGUGAUUUGUGUUGUGAUUGUUUCCUGAAAAUCUUUAAAAAACCGACCAAUGGCAGAAUCUUCAGCAACAUCACCAAAACCAAGACAGACAAGAAGAAACAGUAUGGAUGAACCUCCAUCUCAGUCAUCCUCCAGUGUUUCUCUGUCUGAAGAGCUUCAGUGUUGUGUGUGUCUGGAUGUGUUCAGUGAUCCAGUCAGCACUCCAUGUGGACACAACUUCUGCAGGAUCUGUCUGAAACAGUACUGGGACAACAGUCAGAUCUACAGCUGUCCAUACUGUAAAGAAACAUUCAGUAAAAGACCAGAGCUCAACAUCAACACAACACUUAGAGAGGUCACAAUGAUCUUUAAAGAAAAGUUCAGUCUGAGAAGAUCUGAAGUCCUCUGUGACGUCUGUGAUGAAAGAAAACUGAAAGCCGUGAAGUCCUGCCUGAUGUGUCAGAUGUCUUACUGUGAAACUCACCUGGAGCCUCACCAGAGAGUCCUGAACUUAAAGAAACACAAACUGCUGGAUCCUGUGGAGAAUAUAAAGGACUAUAUAUGUGAGAAACAUGAGAGACCUCUGGAGCUCUUCUGUAGAGAUGAUCAGACAUGUGUUUGUGUGUUUUGUACUGAUGGAGAUCACAAGAAUCACAACACUGUUCCUCUAGAGGAGGAGAGUAAAGAGAAGAAGACUCAACUGAUGAAGACACAGACAGACAUUCAGCAGAUGAUCCAGAAGAGAAUCAAGAAGAUUCAAGACAUCAAACACUCAGCAGAACUCAGAAAAAGAAGCAGAGAGCAGGAGAAAGCAGCGAGUGUUGAGGUCUUCAGUGAUCUGAUCAGAUUCAUUGAGAGAUGUCAGACUGAGCUGCUGGAGAUGAUGGAGGAGGAACAGAAAGCAGCAGAGAAACAGGAUGAAGAUCUCAUUAAAGAUCUGGAGCAGGAGAUCACUGAGCUGAAGAUGAGAGACAGUGAGCUGGAGAAGAUCACACACAGUGAAGAUCAUCUUCAUCUCAUACAGAUUGACCCAUCAUCUCUGUACAGAGCUCCAGACAUGAAGAACUGGUCUGAGAUCAGUAUGAAGACUCAUGUGAGUGUGGAGACUCUGAGGAGAGCUCUGACUCAACUACAGGAGACUCUCAAUGAGAAACUCACUCAAACUGUGAUGAUGAAGAUGCAGCAGUAUGCAGUGGAUGUGACUCUGGAUCCUGAUACAGCAAAUCCAAAACUCAUCCUAUCUGAAGAUAGAAAACAAGUGAAACAUGGAGACAUUUGGCAUAAACUCCCAGCUAAUCCAGAGAGAUUUGAUGAGUGUGCCUGUGUCCUGGGAAAAGAGGGAUUCACCUCAGGGAGAUUUUAUUUUGAGGUUCAGGUGAAGGACAAAACUGAUUGGUUUUUAGGAGUGGCCAGUGAAUCUAUUAACAGAAAGGGAAAGAUCACAGCGACUCCUCAGAAUGGAUUCUGGACUGUGAUUCUGAGGAAUGAGAAAUAUUCGGCCUGUGCUAGUCCAUCUGUCUCUCUGUGUCUGAAAGUGAAACCACAGAAGGUCGGGGUGUUUGUGGAUUAUGAGGAGGGUUUGGUUUGUUUUUAUGAUGUAGAGUCGAGGUCUCAUAUCUACUCUUAUACUGCUCAAACUUUCACUGAGAGACUAUUUCCUUUAUUCAGUCCAUAUCUUAAUGAUGAAGGUAAAAAUUCAGCUCCUCUGAUCAUCUCACAUGUUCAUUACAACAAAUAAAUUCACAUCCAGAAUAUAAAAUACUAAAUGAAACUAAAGCUUUAUGAAUAAUAAAUAGAAAUUAUCUUUACACAUCUGUAAUAAUAAUUCAUUACACAUUCUUUUGUAAUGUGCAGAAUCAGAAUAAAUAGUUAAAAAUGACAUAAAAAGUCUUUUUGUUUGGUUAAUUUGUUAAGUGCAAUGGUGGUUCUUUUAUUUAAGUUAACUCUAACUUUUAUGAUAAAUUAAUUUUAACUUACAAUUACAAUUAUGAAAUCUGACAAAUUAUUUUCCAAUGAAAUUUUCUGUACCAAAACUUACUUUAUUAUCAGAUUACUUCCAAAAGAACAAAAAUGAAAUCUAGAUGAGGUUUGAUGAAGACAUGAUAUGAAACCAGAAAAACGUAAAUGUGUUUCUAAAGCUCUGUGGUAGAGCAUACCUUUUGUUGUUUGAACACAGCAAACACAAAUACUUGUAAAAAUGUAUAGCUUAUAAUGCACUGCAAGUCGAUAAAGUGUCUGCCAAAUGCAUAAAUAUUAUAAUAUAAUGCAUAAAUGAAAAGGCUUACAUUUUUAGUCCUCUGAUAAUUAAUAGUGAGUAAUGUGACUGACUGAGAGUAAUCCUUUACUGUAGCUCAUGGGUUGGCUCAUUUUGUCUCUUGAGGGUCUCAUCUUAUUUCUUUAUGAUUCAUUGUUUUCGUUCAUCCAAGUUAUAAUUUACAGUUUUCAAUCAUGAAUCUUGAGCUCUCGCCAAAG